AACAGUUUAGGACAUACAAAAUCUUUUCUGACCGAAUCUCUGAGAAUUGUUCAAAGCGUUUUUUGCUCUCCUCAUGCUUAGGGUUGUGAGAGAGAGAGAAAGAGAGAGAAACCGAUACAGACUACAGAGACGGAGACAGUGAAGUGAUCAAAUUCAUACAAUCUCCAUGAGUCUGAUCUUCUCCUGUCUCCUAUCUUCUGGGUUUUGUUCCCUUCAUGAUCGAUCGGCUUCUGCGAUUGCUUCCAUGUUCUUUCCUCAACUUCCAGCACGAUCAAGAAGAACCUUUUUCGGAUUCUGUCCAGUUUCCGAGUGCCUGAGGUUUCUCGACCGAAUAAUUGUUCCGACAUCACUUGUAGUUUUGCUUGAUCGUUGAUUCGGAGUCUCCGCUUGAGAAAUAUGCCGUUGCCUCCGUCGUUGUCAUCGCCGUCGUUGCGGCCCAGGCCUCGUGUCGAUCAUAGCUGUACCCUAAUUCCAGGCCUUCCCAACGAUGUCGCGGCUCUGAUUCUCUCUUUCGUCCCUUACCCUCAAAUCCCGCGCCUCAAAUCGACCUGCAAAUCAUGGUACGCUUUUCUCUCCUCGAAAACCCUAAUGUCUCUCCGGCAUAGACGACACACGAACAGCCUCUCGCACCUCCUCUGCAUCUUCCCUGAAGACCCUUCGAUCUCUAACCCUUAUCUCUUUGAUCCGGAGACGCUAUCGUGGCUAUCCCUUCCCUUCAUGCCCUGUAACCCCCAUGUGUACGGACUCUGCAACUUCGCCGCCGUCGCUCUUGGACCAUACCUCUAUGUCCUCGGGGGCUCCGCAUUUGACACCAGAUCGUAUCCUUUGGACAGACCUAUGCCCUCUUCCUCGGCAUUUCGGUAUAAUUUUGUGAAUUCGACAUGGGAAAGGUUGGCUCCAAUGCUGUCUUCUCGUGGCAGCUUCGCCUGUGCUGCGAUGCCUGGUUCGAACCGGAUCAUUGUCGCGGGAGGCGGGUCCCGGCACACGUUGUUUGGCGCCGCUGGGAGUAGGAUGAGUUCGGUGGAGAUGUAUGAUGUCGAGAGGGAUGAAUGGAUGGCAAUGGAUGGAUUGCCUAGGUUCAGGGCAGGUUGUGUAGGGUUCUUGGUUUGGGAUGGAGAGGAGACGGAGUUCUGGGUGAUGGGCGGAUAUGGGGGAUCGAGGACAGUGUCGGGAAUUCUCCCCGUGGACGAGUACUAUCGAGAUGCCGUGGUGAUGGAACUGAGAAGCAGUGAUGGCGGUGGGAAAUGGCGGCUAAUUGGCGAUAUGUGGGGGCAGGGGGAAAGAGCUAGGCUUGGAAAGAUUGUUGCCAUUGAUGAAGGUGAUCGUGGGAAGGUUGCCUUUUUCAUGUUGGAUGGCGACCAGAUUCUCAGGUACGAAAUGGAUUCAAAUCGCUGGCGAAAGGAAUCAACUCUGCCACGGAAAGCUCCUUACGACAGAUCAUUCGGUUUCAUUGCACUGAACGGCGAAUUACACGUUAUGUCUCUUCUGGAUGGAUUUAAGACCAGACCGCAAGAAAAGGGCAAGUCGAUGAUGAGUCAGAUCUACCAUCCGAGGAAGAAGAUUUGGAGAUCCCUCGUGUCGAGGCCACCUUUCAUUGGCAAACUCGAUUUCAGGACCUCGGCCAUGUGCUCUGUUCGCUUGUAGUUCCCUCAUUGCUUCGAUGAUGUUAGUUCGUUAGUGUAUGUUUUACGGAAACUGUGUUCCUGUACUUUGCAAUUCAUCUGUAUAGGUCGAAAACUCAUCCGAGAAAUACUGGAAUUCGGUCACUAUGUAAAUUCGAUAUAUAGUAUGGUUUCUAUAUAGA